GGGGACGAGGACACGAGCGGACGGGUGGAGGAGGAGGAGGAGGAGGAGGAGGAGGAAGAGGAGGCCGACCAACAAGAUGGCCCCUGCUGCCGGAGCAGCCUCAGCAGCAGCAGGUGGGGGGCCGGAGGCGGCGCUGGCGGUGGCGGCGGCGGCCGGGGCCCGGCGGCCUGGGACAGAGUCCGAGUCGACGGUGGCAGAGGCGGCGGCGGCGGUGGCUGCCGCGGCGGUGGCGACGGCCGCGGGGACUCGGAGCUGAGAGGAGCUGCUGCUCGGACCAGCGCGGUUAUAUUUCACACUAUGUGCUGACUGUAUCUACAGAAAAUAUUUAAAAAAAAGAUAAACUUUUUUCAAAGAUUUUGAUUCCAGUGGAAUCUUUGCUUUAGAUAUUUGUGUGUGUGCGUACGUGUGUUAGUGAAUUGUAACCCCAGAAGCAAUGCCUGUACAAGCUCCACAGUGGACGGAUUUCCUUUCCUGCCCAAUUUGCACUCAGACUUUCGACGAAACAAUUCGAAAGCCCAUCAGCUUGGGUUGUGGCCAUACUGUCUGCAAGAUGUGCCUGAAUAAACUCCACCGCAAGGCUUGCCCGUUCGACCAGACCACUAUCAACACCGACAUCGAGCUCCUCCCGGUGAACUCAGCCCUGCUGCAGCUCGUGGGCGCUCAGGUCCCUGAGCAGCAGCCCGUUACUCUGUGUAGUGGGGUUGAAGACACGAAGCAUUAUGAGGAAGCCAAGAAAUGUGUGGAAGAAUUAGCGCUGUACCUGAAGCCACUCAGCAGCGCUAGAGGAGUGGGCCUGAAUAGCACUACUCAGAGUGUUCUGAGUCGCCCGAUGCAGAGGAAGCUGGUGACUCUGGUCCACUGCCAGCUAGUGGAAGAAGAAGGCAGGAUCCGUGCCAUGCGGGCAGCUCGAUCUUUAGGUGAACGAACAGUGACGGAGCUCAUUCUCCAGCACCAGAACCCGCAACAGCUCUCUUCUAACCUUUGGGCGGCGGUCAGGGCUCGGGGCUGCCAGUUCCUCGGACCAGCAAUGCAGGAAGAAGCUCUAAAGCUGGUUCUCCUGGCCUUAGAAGAUGGUUCUGCUUUGUCAAGAAAAGUGUUGGUUCUCUUUGUGGUGCAAAGGUUGGAGCCCCGGUUUCCUCAAGCCUCCAAAACGAGCAUUGGGCACGUUGUCCAGCUCCUGUAUCGGGCCUCCUGCUUCAAGGUCACCAAACGCGAUGAAGACUCUUCUCUGAUGCAGCUGAAGGAAGAAUUUAGAACCUACGAGGCUCUGCGGCGAGAACACGACUCCCAGAUAGUGCAGAUUGCGAUGGAAGCUGGCUUACGGAUUGCACCGGACCAGUGGUCCUCCUUGCUUUACGGAGACCAGUCUCACAAAUCGCACAUGCAGUCCAUUAUUGACAAGUUGCAGACUCCAGCCUCUUUUGCACAAAGUGUUCAGGAACUAACAAUUGCUCUCCAGCGGACUGGAGAUCCAGCAAACUUGACCCGGCUGAGACCCCAUCUGGAGCUGUUAGCGAACAUUGACCCUAGCCCAGAUGCUCCUCCACCGACUUGGGAACAGCUAGAAAAUGGGCUGGUUGCCGUGCGCACAGUGGUCCACGGGCUGGUGGAUUACAUCCAGAACCACAGCAAGAAGGGAGCGGACCAACAGCAGCCUCCACAGCAUAGCAAAUACAAAACAUACAUGUGCCGAGAUAUGAAGCAGAGAGGAGGAUGCCCCCGUGGGGCCAGCUGUACGUUCGCACACUCCCAGGAGGAACUGGAAAAAUUUCGUAAGAUGAACAAACGCCUGGUUCCCAGAAGGCCCCUUAGCGCCUCGCUGGGUCAGCUGAAUGAGGUGGGCCUGCCCGCGGCAGCUGUCCUCCCAGACGAGGGCACCGUGGAUCUGCCCAGCAGAAAGCCCCCCGCUCUGCCCAACGGCAUUGUGUCGGCAGGGAACACAGUCACGCAGCUGAUCCCCCGAGGGACGGACCCCAGCUACGAUUCCAGUCUGAAGCCGGGGAAGACCGAUCACCUGAGCAGCAGUGCCCCUGGGUCCCCUCCUGACCUGCUAGAAUCUGUGCCCAAGAGCAUUCCUGCCUUAGCUGUGAAUCCACAUCCUGUACCUCCAAGGGGACCCACAGACCUGCCUCCCAUGCCUGUCACCAAGCCGCUUCAGAUGGUGCCGCGGGGCCCUCAGCUGUACCCGGCGCAGCAGGCAGACGUCUACUGCCAGGACCCUCGGGGGGCGGCCCCGCCAUUUGAGCCGGCACCUUAUCAGCAGGGCAUGUACUACACGGCGCCACAGUGCGUGUCCCGCUUCGUCCGGCCCCCGCCAUCCGCUCCAGAGCCCGCCCCGCCCUACCUGGAUCAUUACUCGCCCUACCUCCCGGACCGCGUCAUAAACCCGCCGUACGGCACGCAGCCACACCAGUACCCACCUAUGUACCCGCCUCACUGCGACGGCCGCCGCGUCUACCCUGCUCAGUCUUAUCCAAGAGAGGAGAUCUUCCGAGAAAGUUCCAUUGAGAUUCCACCUCCAGCCGUGCCAUCCUACGUACCGGAAUCCAGAGAGAGGUACCAGCAGGCGGAGGGUUACUACCCAGUGGCCCCUCAUCCGACUCAGAUCAGAUCUUCGUACAUCCGAGAGCCACCGUAUAGCCGGCUCCCUCCUCCUCCUCAGCCCCAUCCCAGUCUAGAUGAGCUGCAUCGAAGACGAAAGGAAAUAAUGGCCCAGCUAGAGGAAAGGAAGGUUAUCUCUCCCCCGCCUUUCGCUCCCUCACCAACACUGCCUCCCACCUUCCACCCAGAGGAGUUUUUGGAUGAAGACUUGAAGGUGGCUGGGAAAUACAAAGGAAAUGAUUAUAGCCAGUACUCUCCCUGGUCAUGUGACACCAUCGGCUCCUACAUUGGAACCAAAGAUGCAAAACCCAAAGAUGUUGUGGCAGCAGGGAGUGCGGAAAUGAUGAAUGUGGAGAGCAAAGGAGUGAGAGACCAGCGACUGGAUCAUCAGAGAAGAGCGACAGAAACCAGUGAUGACGACCUCAUCCCGUUUGGAGACCGGCCAACAGUAUCGCGGUUUGGUGCCAUCUCUCGAACUUCCAAAACAAUGUAUCAGGGUGCUGGCCCGUUACAGGCUAUGGCACCUCAGGGAGCUCCCACGAACUCUAUUAACAUGCCAGACUGCAGUCCCUACGGCAGCCACGGGGGCUGGGGCGGCUCCGCCUACUCGCCUCACCAGGGCGCGCCCUCCCAGGCGCACUUCAGCGACAGAGAGAGAAUAUCCAUGUCAGAAGUGGCCAGUCAUGGAAAACCCCUUCCCUCUGCUGACAGGGAGCAGCUACGACAAGAAUUGCAGCAACUAAACCAUCAAAUCAGUCAACAGACCCAGCUGCGUGGACUGGAGGCUGUUAGUAACAGGCUGCUGUUGCAGAGGGAGGCGAGCGCCCUGGCAGGCCAGCCGCAGCGCCCCCCACCACCUCCGAAGUGGCCUGGAAUGAUCUCAAGUGAGCAGCUGAGCUUGGAACUGCACCAAGUGGAGCGGGAAAUCGGGAAGAGGACCCGGGAGCUGAGUAUGGAGAACCAGUGUUCUCUGGACAUGAAAAGCAAACUGAACACAAGUAAGCAAGCAGAAAACGGACAGCCAGACCCCCAAAGCAGGGUUCCAGCUGAGGACCUUGCAUUGACAUUCAGUGAUGUACCAAAUGGAUCGGCCUUGACACAAGAGAACAUCAACCUCCUAUCAAACCAGGCCAGCUCUCUGAACCUGUCCGAGGACCCCGAGGGAGGAGGAGACAACAACGACUCCCAGAGAUCGGGGGUCACGCCCAGUCCUGCUCCCUGAAGAAGGGAGGGCCGCACUCGCAGCUUCUCCCGAGGGACGGGACUCGGGCGCCACCCUCUGAGGGCGCCGGCCGGCAGGGGAGCGCGAGGGGAUGCGCGCCCCACCGCGACCCUCGGCAGCCCUGCACGUCGCUCACACCAGUGCAUUUUUUAAUUUAAAAAAAGAAAAAAGAAAAAGAAAAUAAGCAGUAUCUGCAAGCAAUUCAGAUUAAAUUUGUUUUUGUUCUGUGAAUGAACUUUAUUUUUAAUAACUUUGGACGCCUUGGAUCCAGGGCUUUAAAAAAAGAAGAUAUUAUAUAUACACUCUGUUUGAUUAAUUGUAUGAUCUUAAUGAAGUAGGCUUUUCUUGUAUUUUGGUAUUAUUACAUACCCAGUGUAUAAGUCCUUCCUUGCAACCUUUCCCCCUCUCACAACCCCAUAAAUUAAACCAGACAAAAAGCACCAGCCUUUCUGAAAAGUCUGUGGUGCUUGACAAACAAAAAGACAGUAUCAGACUAGUUAUUAGAAAAUGUGCAGCAAACCAGGUUCACCGAGAGAGCUGUCCUUCGGAAGCCGCAACGGGCUUGCCCUCUCUGGGCCGCUCCCUUCACGCAAAGGUGUGUUUUUCUGUCAUUAAAACUGUGUCGUUGUUGUUGUGCAGGGGAGGUUAAAAUAGUCUUGUUUUUGUUUUUAACUUUUCAGAGACGAUUGCCAGACAGUUAGUUUAGUUAGUCCUCAUUUUCCACAUUAUGGAUCCUUUUCAUUCUCUUAAUGUGAUCAGAAAGCCGAGUCAGUGUCUUAGGCUGUUGGUUAGACUCCAAUGGAGAUUCUUUUAAAAAGGAACUGCAAUUUAUUGGCACUGAAAAUACACCGUUAGUGUAUUACCUCUAUUGAGCUGAUGGUCAGAAAUCUGGAUCUGUGCUCUUCCAAACUGAACUUCGGCUGAAAUCAUAGAAUGUUAAAAAACCAGGACAAUCAGCACUCGAUUUGAACUUAACACGAACAGAGCCACGUUAUUUCACUGGAUGCUUCUGUUUGACCCUCCAAACCCCAAAGUAUGAAAUAACAGCCGUACAGAGUGGCACCCUGGCUUUCAAAGAGAUUUGCCUGGGGCUCAAGGACAGUCUGAACUGAUCAGUCGUUGCUGUUCAGAACCGUUAGCACGAGAAGGUAGCAAGUGCCUAGAAGUCAGUUUCUAGAGACUUGGCUUUGCACCACUGAAAAGGUUCUUCGUGACAAUGUUGAAAAGAGCAGAGAAGAACUUUCACUGUUCAGUCCACUGCACAUGUUCUGAUGGCGCGUCUGUACUGAGCUAAGACCCUGCGACAUGUUCGGUGGGGGCCUGUGCUGUCACCACCCGCCGACCCUCGGUUUGCCUGCCUUUCACGAUUUCCCUUUCUGGAUUAUACUACUAAAACAGAAAGCACUGGUUAUGUAAUAAGUUACUGCAUUGCUUUGGUUGGGGAAAAGCAAGAGUUUGUAUUUUUCUUGUUUCUUGUUUUCUGAACCCUGAACUCUUGCUGAGGUCGUCAGAACCUCAGUCUAAGCUCUGCGCCCAUCAUACUGUUCACUGAAACCAAUUGGGGGGGCGGGGGGGGGGACGACCAUCCUGCCAUUGCCUACCAGUAGGAGAGUCCAAACAGAACACUCUUUUGAGUAGCGAUUAUUUAAUUUGCCCAGUCAAGGCACCGUGUUUAUAUACUAUUUCACAUUGAAUUUGAUUAUGCCCUACAGACCUGGCUGGUCAAGGAUUUGAUAUACACAUAUUGGCUUGGGAUUCGAGCUUUCUUUUUUAUUUAAAUAAAAAUUUAUAUAUAUUAUAUAUAUAUACAUAUAUACAUAGCUAUAUCUGUAUAUAUAUUGGGUAUGUUUUAAGGAUUUUUUCGCAUGAGCGCAGCUGUUGCGAUAAAAUGACUGAUUGGGAGGUAGAAGCACUGAAUAUAGAUGAGGCAUUUUUCAUUGGAAACCCAUAUUUUCCUGCUUUGUUAAUACACUUGCUUUUUUGCUUUUCGUUUGUUUGUUUUGCUUAAAACCCUCUUAUAUUUACUCUUUAAGUGCUUGUUUUUUUUGGGGGGGGGGGUGAGGAGAGAAACUCUGCAUGUCUGACAGAGUCCCAAGAUGUUCCACUUCUCUGUAUAAGGUAGAAGGCUGCGUUCUUGGCCCCCAGCCUUCGGCAGGCAGAGCUGGGCACGCCUCGCUUCUGCUUUGGGUGUGUUAGGUAACUGAAAUUUUCGAAGCAGUUGGUUCCAUUUGGAACUCAAAAUGAUUCUGGUAUUAGAAGGAAACUUGUGGAUGUUGAUUUUGUGAAAGUUCAGAAUAAAAGUAAAAUUCCAUUUGGGUAUGUAUGGUAACCCCUAAUAAUUUCUGUUAUUCUUGUUUCUUUCAAAUGCACUCAUUCUUGCUUUCACCAUUUUGAUUUUCCACACUAGUCAGGAACAGGGAUUAACUUAUACAGUGUUCCCAUUCUGAAUAAAACAGGGAGAGCCGCUGCUUGGAAUUGAUUUAAAAUAGUUCCUUUCGCUUUUUACGGUAUUUGCAUUUGGGGGGUAGGGAGAUCCCCCGAUCGCAGCCUUAAUUCCAGCGA